GUUAACCUGUCACGUGACUUCAGAGAAACGGGCUGACUUCAAGAAAUGGACAGAGAGAAAGUGAAGAUGUUUCUCUUUAUGGUCUCAUGAUUUGAAAUGAAAUACAUCUUUUUUUUAUCUCCUUUAGAUACAACUGAGAUACAAGCUUUUAAGUACAAAUAACUAGAAAUGAAUAAUUAUUAUAACAUCAGUCUCUAAACCGGUUUUAGUUAAAUCAUGUGACCUCCCGGGGUCCCGCCCCUCUGGUUUAUAGACACUCUCUCUUUUCUUCCGCAUCAUCCUCUUCUUCAGAGAUCAACAGCUUGGGAAAAUCUGACAGUGCUCAGUCAUCAAAUUCCUGUGAAGCAGUUACCAUGGCAAUGAUGACUAACGCUGCAUCGAAAUAUAAAGAUAUCAUCUCAAAAAGUUAUGAGAUCAAAAAAGGAUCUCCUACAAUCUACCAGUUGAGACUAACGAAAGAGAACAUUGGAACUCUGAAAAGAAUGAGUCUUGGUGUAAAGAAUCCCAACAAGGUAAACAAAACCAUCUUGCUUGUUGGUGAAACGGGAACAGGAAAGUCUACUCUGGUCAACGCUCUGGUGAACUUCGCCAUGGGAGUGAAGUGGGAGGAUGAUGUCUGGUUUCAGAUCGUAGAGGACGAGAAGAAAGACCAAUCACAGAGUCAGACGUCAGAUGUGGUCGUAUACGAGAUCUUUGGACUUGAGGAUAAAACUCUGCCCUACUCUCUGACCAUCAUCGACACUCCUGGAUUCGGAGACACAGAAGGAAUUGAACACGAUGAAAUAGUCAGUCAAAGGUUAUUUGACUUGUUCCGCUCAGUGGGUGGAGUUCACAAGAUCAAUGCGGUGGGUCUGGUGCUGAAAGCAACCGAGAAUCGACUGAGUGACCGACUUUCAUACAUACUUAAUUCGGUGUUGUCUCUAUUUGGAAAAGAUCUAGAGCAAAACAUCAUUACCCUCCUCACACACUCAACUGGAAGGUUUCCUAAAAAUGCUCUGGAUGCCCUCAAAGCUGCAAACAUUAAGUGUGCCAGAAAUGACAGGAAGCAGCCUGUCCACUUCCUGUUUGAUAGCUGCCAAAACGAAGACAGGACGGAGGGCGACACGGGUCUUAAAGAUGCAUAUAACAAAGCUAUGCAUGAAAUGGAGCGGUUCAUAACCCUUCUGCAGAAUUAUGCACCUCAAAAGCUGGAGACAACCGUUGAUGUUCUGAAUGAACGGAUCAGACUGACAGCCUGCAUCCAGAACCUGCAGGAGAGAAUCCAGUGUAUGGAACUCAAACAGAAGGAAAUCCAGCAGACUCAAGAAGCUCUGAAGCAAAAUGAAGAAGGGAUGAAGUCUUUUGAAGGGUUCACUGUAGAAGUUGAUGAGUCAUACAAAGAUAAAGAGCCUAUAAAAAGUGGAAUGUGGGGUUUGUUCUUCUAUGAAGGAGCUGUCACCUGCAAAGUCUGUGAGGAGAACUGUCACUAUCCUGGAUGCACCAUGUCCCACUAUCCUUCACACUGUGAGGUCAUGAAAGAAGGCCGCUGCACCUCAUGUACCAACAAGUGCCCUGUAGCAGACCACGUUAAAGAAGGCUACAUGUAUGUGACCAAGACCAGAAAGGUUAAAAAAACUCUGAAAGAUGUGAAAAAGAAAUAUGAAGAGAAUAAAGCACAGAAUGAGAAGAGCCAGGACAUUCUGGAAAGUCUUGAAAAAGACAUGGAAACUCGUGAGGCACUCAAAACAAAAACCCUGUAUGAGGCCUACGACCACGUGGUCAGACUGGACCAGAUCGCCCUGAGUGUUGUUUCAGUCUCCACUUACGUCCACCUGGACUUCCUGAUCGAGGAGAUGGAGAAGAAAGGGGACACCAAGAAGGCCCAGAAGCUGAAAGAGAUGUCAGGUAGAAAAAAUAAAAUAGAUAUCGCAGCGAUAAAGUACCUGUAUCGUAAAUAUGUCAGCAGCAAGUAAACUGAUGAGAGCCACUGACGUCCAGACUGACGAUGCAUCAGACCGGCUCAUACUGGCCGUCAUACAACGUUAAGCGAUCCUUUGGACGCCAAUGAAGUGUGACGUUUGUUUGGAUUUUCAUUUUUACGCUAUUCUACAUGUCUCUCCAGUUAAACAAACCUUUUUGAUCACCUUCACGCCCGUCUAAUACCUACACGCACGCUUUCCUGUUUCUUUCCUGAUGAAGCGCUGACUUUCUUUCCUUCAAAAAGGAAGCACAGAUUUGAUGAAGACGUCCUCCUAGUCUGGACUAUCACUUGGAGACACAAAGCUCCUAAAUAAUAAAAUAAAAUAAAUAUCACCUUUGGGAUGUAAUUUUAGAACAAAUCCGUGUUUUGGGAAUAAUUGUUGGUGCAACCAAACUCGUUUAAAGAAGAGAUUUCAAGGUGUGUUCCAUCUUCCAGUGACAGUUUUAUGUUCUGUGGUUUAUCGACCUCCAAAGUUUAAUAAGGAUUUCAUUCAGGACUUUGCAGACUUUGUCGCCGGAAUUGCCUUGAAAUAUGAUCGCUUUUUGAUCGUUGGUGAUUUCAAUAUACAUGUUUGCUGCGAAUCCAGGCCGAUGUCUAAGGAUUUUCUCAAUCUUAUUGACUCUUUCAGUCUCACGCAGUCUGUUACUGGCCCGACUCACGAAAAAGGACAUACGUUGGAUCUUGUACUGUCAUAUGGCUUAGAUGUUGCCAUUAGUGAAAUAUGCGACACAUGCAUUUCAGAUCACCUACCCGUUGUAUUUACUAUGGUUGUCCCCUGCUCGGACACUUUGUCUGUUUCCCCUGCGUGCUGUGUCCGUGCAAUUAACCCUUUAAACAUGCUGUUGUGCAACCACUCUUAAAAAAGAAAAAUCUGGAUCCGUUAGUUUUGUCUAACUUUAGACCUAUUUCUAAAUUACCUUUUUUAUCUAAGGUCUUGGAGAAGGUGGUUUUUAAUCAACUUCAAUCAUUUUUAGAUGAUUUUAGUAUUCAUGAAAAGUUUCAGUCUGGCUUUAAGCCCCGCCACAGCACUGAAACUGCCCUUCUAAGAGUCUACAACAACCUCCUCUUAGCUGUAGAUUCAGGAAAUUCUGCUGUUUUAGUGCUCUUAGAUUUGACUGCUGCCUUUGACACUGUCAACCACUCUAUCCUUUUAUCCCGACUCAAGCAAAGUGUUGGCAUUACAGGUAUAGCCUUAAAAUGGUUUGAAUCCUACUUGACAUAUAGUUUUUCUGUCCACAUUCGUAACUGCUCUUCAUCUGUUGCCCCUCUGUCCUGUGGGGUCCCCCAAGGUUCCAUUUUGGGACCAAUGCUAUUUUCUCUGUAUAUGCUGCUCUUAGGGUCCAUUUUUAAAAAACACAACAUCUCUUUCCAUUGUUUUGCUGAUGAUGUACAAAUUUACUUGCCUGUAAAAAACAAUAAGAAGGACACUUUCAAGCCGCUGAUAAACUGCUUGAGUGAUCUCAAAGUAUGGAUGGAUCAUUUUCUCUGUCUUAAUGACAAUAAGACCGAGGUUGUUGUGUUUGGACGUGCUGAACAUUUCAGUGUCUGUGUAGAUACUCUCAGUAUUUUAGGCUCCCAAAUUCGUCCUUUUACCAGAAAUCUGGGAGUGAUUUUUGAUCGUGCUUUUAAACUUGACAAACAGAUUAGUUCUGUUGUCAAAACUAGCUUCUUCCAACUGAGACUUCUGGCUAAAGUCAAGCCCUACCUGCUACGCAAAGACUUUGAGAGAGUCAUACAUGUAUUCAUUACGUCCCGCUUAGACUACUGCAACUCACUGUAUGUUGGGUUGGAUCAGUCAUCCCUUCGGCGCUUGCACUUAGUCCAGAACGCAGCAGCUCGACUUUUGACCAGGACAAAAAAACGCGACCACAUUACACCGGCUUUGGCCACC